GUCUGAACCUAUAUAAGUUCAACUGAAAUCUGAAACCUCAUGCAUUUCAAAACACGGGUCAAAAGCGCAUAAUUGACGCUCAAGGUCAUGACUUCAAUUUACCACUCUUUGAAGUCCAUUAUUUUAGAUUUCUUUGGUCGAGUCAAACCUCUUGUUUUAGCUGCAGAUACAGCAGCGUUAUGCCGUUCCCCUUUUUUUGGACCACUUAAAUUAUGGGAAGACUCAAUUUACUUCGCUGUGCCUAAGAAACGUAGAUCUGCAGAAGUACGGCGAGUACGAAAAUUUCUUUCCCGUAGGUUUCCUUUGUCGUUUUACAUGACAUUUGUAGUGAGAUCUGGAGAUUACAAACCUAGAGACGAUUUGACACCAUGUAAAUUCUGUGGUUACCUAAACCCUCGAAACUUUCUAUGCACCAACUGUUAUAGUAAAGUACGUGAGGAAACUAACUUUUUACGUUCCCUUAUCAAUGGUCAACUUCCAAGUGAUCACGAAGUGAAAUUUAUUUAUAAUGAUGAUAACAGCACUAAUGAAUCUGUUAGCAAUGCAGAAGUCAAAGUCCCUGGUUCUAGACCGUCGUGGUUCCCAUCUAUUCCACAAGAAACAAAGUCUCCAGGUGGUGAGAAUUCAUAACGUUGUACAUUAAUUCAUUAUUUCUUGCGCUCCUAGAUGACAGUUUAUAAAUACACAAUCACACCUCCUAUUGUUUUCUUGUUUGUACUGUUGCCUUAUACACUAUCUAAACAUCCUAGUUAGAUUUACCUUCUUCAAUUACCCAGUAUUAGUUUCUAUGCUUAUUGGCACACAAUGCUGAAGUCAAUUGAUAUUAUGGUGAUAAAAUCACUUAAUGAUAUUUAAUUUCUAACUUAUAUACUUAUUUCUGGGCAAAAUACUUUGCUACCUUAAUAUUCAGAAGUUUAUCAAUAACGUAUUACUUCUCGCAAACCA